AUGCGAGUAUCCAAAUUACAUCGAAAUCAAUCCCGACGAGCUGGCACGCCGUCGACUCCAACCGAGUAUCUCGAGGCCAAACGAAUUCAUUUAAAACGACAGCGUAUGGUCUCCCAGCAGCGAGACCGGAAGCAAGAUGCACCCAUUCACCACCGAAGACUCCCGAUUAUACUUGCCAGAGUGGCAGUCAAAGCAAAGAGAGGUCGAUGGGCAGAAUUAGCUGCGGAGACGCAGAGCAUUGUGCUCGGAGAUGGCCAGUACGUUGAAGAGCGCCGCGUCUCUGUUGAUGAUCCUGCUGUUGCUCAACUCAAUCGACAAGGACUUGUAGCUUUCGAGGCCAAGAGUGUCCCUCUGCGCAUACACCAUGAUAUAUCUGUACAGGUAAUUUUCAGCAAGCAGAGCACCGUGUUUUAUCCGCACUAUUGCGAGAUGCUGGCUCACUGGGCCCACAAACGCCCCUCCGUGCCUCCGGCAAAGACGAUUUUGGAAUUUUCUCCCCAUUCCACCCUCACGGUAGCUAGGCGUCUUGCUAUGGCUGCUUCCGAUUAUGGUCUCUCUUCGUUCCCUACACCAUCCGUCGGCGUACUAUCAUUUGCGUCCUCAAAGCGUCCAGGCGGCGGCUUCCUUCAUGGCGGAAAUGAACAGGAGGAAACGAUUGCGAGGCUCAGCUCUUUGGUGGCCAGUCUCGGCGUACCAGCAGCACAACAAUUCUAUAAGGAGCACAGGAGACAUUGGGCUGAGGAUGGAAGCGGCCUACACGACCACUCUAUGCUAUACUCCCCCGGCGUAGUCGUCUUCCGCCGAGACGGAGAUGACACGAUAUCUAUAUGUGGUGCCGACGGGCGUAUAGUGGAUGUUCCGCGCAGCGAAGACUCGGUGGGCGGAGAUUUUAUCCCACCCUAUGCAAUUAAUGUUGUUGCAUCCGUACCUGUCAAUGCAGCGGCCGUGCGUGCCAAACAUCUCAUUUUACCUUCGGAGAAGGAGCUCUUUGAAGAUGGCAUCAGGAGCGCGAUGAAGGAGCGGAUGGCUCGGAUAUUACGGUUGUUUGAAGAACAAGGCGACAAGAGUAUCGUUCUGGGUGCCUUCGGCUGUGAAUCUAGCCAGAACAAGGUUGAUAUGGUCGCGCAGGUGUGGGCGGAGCUUCUUGUUUGCGGAGAUUUGGGCGACGAGGGGAGACGACCAGCGAGGUUUGCGGAGAGUUUCGAGAAGGUUGUCUUCGCGGUCCCGGGUAAACUAUUGCGACCAUUCAGGCAUGCCUUUGAGAUGCGAGUGUUCGAAGAACAGCUGGCAGAUGCGACUUCGGAUCUCCAAUGA